AUGAAACCUCCUUCAAAUGUAGUUGCAGGAAACAGUGUGGCAAUCCAAAUUUCCUUGUUUAAUUAUCAUCCUACUGCUAAGAUGGUUGUUCUGUACGUCUGGUUUCAAGAUUUUGUCGGGGGCUCUUUUGUAAAGGUCAACGGACGUAACUCCACACUAAAAAUGCAAGUCAUCGAUACAAAUUUGGAAAAGUAUGGAUUCUACAAUAUUACCGUUGCUGUGUACGAUUUAUUGGCUGGAUAUAAAAUAUUAGACAGUGCUGAGAUACCAAUUUUUGUCAAGGCCCCAGGUGUACAACAAGAUUACAACGUUCCAAAAAUAAUUUCGUUAAAUGGAAGAUCAUCAUGGAUUAAGGAGACCAUUAAUAUUUCAUUGCCAAGUACAGCUUUGCCGAAAACCAAGUUUCUUUUCAUUACUAUAACGGGAGAUAUUCUGGCACCAAGUAUUAAUGGACUCGAUCAUUUAAUACGUUCCCCCUGUGGGUGUGGCGAGCAGACAAUGAUGUUUCUAGCACCAAAUAUUUACGUUAUACAUUAUCUCAAAAGUACAAAACAGUUAUCAACGGACAUGAAAAGGAAAGCAGUUACAAAUAUCAAUAGUGGCGUUGACAGAGAACUCCGUUGGCGCAGACAUGAUGGUUCAUUCAGUAUAUGGGGAAACCGUGACAGACAUGGGAGUACUUGGCUGACAUCGUUCGUUUUGAUGUGCUUCCACCAAGCUGAUGAUUUUAUACCAGUAGAGAAAGGAAUCUUUGUUAAAGGUUUAAACUGGUUAUUACGGCAACAAAACACAGAUGGCUCAUUUGCUGAAAAUGGACGAGUUAUUCAAUACCAAAUGCAGGGAGGUGUUAGAGCAUCUCGAGUUACAAUGACUGCUUAUGUUCUCUUGACAUUGUUAGAGUUCAAAGAUUUUUCGGAAUUUAAGACAAAAAUAGCUACUGCAAAAACUAAGGCGAUGCAGUUUAUAACAAGAUCAAGCAAUAUAAAUGGAUUGCGAGGGAGUAAACAUGGAAUGGCUCUAACCAGCUAUGUGUUACAAAAAGCUGGUUACUCUGAUAAAGCAAAACUUGUGUACGCCGGUUUAAAAACACAAGCAAAUUUCCAAGGCAAAUAUUUGUUUUGGCAAAACAACGGCAAUCGGGUAUACAAACAAAAACUGAGCUGGCAGUCUCCAAAUCCGAGAGCAAGACCAAUUGAUAUAGAAACGUCAGCGUAUGCAUUACUGUAUCUUGCCGAAAAGAAGGACAUGUCACAGGGCAUAAAAAUAGUGAACUGGCUUGUCUCCCAACGGAAUCCCCAAGGAGGUUACUCAUCAACACAGGACACAGUUGUAUCCCUCCAUGCACUCGCCAAAUUUUCUAGCUUGCUUCAACAAUCGAGCGUAGAUGCUGAGGUAAAAGUGAAAACUGACUUCAAAGAAAAAACGGUACAUGUAAACAGGAAAAAUAGGCUACUUGUUCAAAGAAUUGAGUUAGACAAAAGAACGAAACAUGUGGAGAUAAAAGUAAAGGGGAAAGGACUCGUUUUGGUUGAUACUACUGUGAAAUAUAAUGUCAUGAAAAGCGGGGAUUCAACAUUUGAAAUCAAUACAACAAUAUCGUCAUCUAAGCAAACAUUUGACAAAAUCACAGUUAAUGUUUGUAUAAGGAGAAAAGAUAACAAAGACAAUGGGAUGGUGCUUGCUGAAGUUGGACUUCCGUGUGGAUUUAAAGGGGACCUAUCUAAAACUAACGCACGGGGGCUCGAUCAUAAAGAGGCAAUGUCGGAUAAACUUGUGUUGUAUUUUAAAAAUCUGAGGAGGAACUGGGUGUGUUUUGACGUGACAGGUAACCGCGUGGACAAGGUCACUGAGUCACAGGGAGUACCCAUCAUUGUGUACGACUAUUACGAGCCAGAGAACUACGGUAUUGCAAGCUACCUGACAGGAAAACUGCAGGAGAUGAACAUCUGUCAGAUCUGUCCAGAGUGCAACAUUUGCAAAGAAAUUGUCCUUGGCUAAAGCCGAAGUUGGACAUGUUUGAAUAUAAAGGCAGACUUUAAUAAAAUAAGUAAUCAUACUCAG